AUGAUGAAAGGAACUUGGAAAGAUUAUAUGCAAUUGAUAAUCAAAACUAGCACUUUUCAAGUCAUUAAUUCAACACAUAUGGGAAUAGGUUGUCCAUCCUAUUUGUCAAGUUUUGAAGAAAUAGAUCAGUAUUCAAAUGAAUUGCAAAAUUAUCCUAAAGUUAUUGAAAAGUUUGAAAAUUACCAUGGCUUAACUUUAACGACACUACUUGCUUACAAAGUGGGAAUUGCUAUGUAUUGCAAUAUAAAUCCUAAAUCAUCAGAUUCUAUUGAUCAAGAAACAAAGAUAUCACGUCAGGAUGCAAAAGAGUUAUGUAUAACAUUUCCAAGAAUGGUACCAUGUUUUGACGAUCAAGAACAAGACAACGUAUUGAAAUAUAAAGUUUCCCGAAUUAAAGCUUGUUCAGUUGAAGAUAAUGAGUUUGUCACCUUUGAUCCACCAUCGGUCUAUUCUGGCCUUUUUGGUUACCAUUUGGUUCCGUUAGAAUGCGAAACUAUCAUCUUGGCCGGAAGCGAAUAUGACUCGAUGGCUGUUUAUCAAGAUGUUCAAAUACCUGCCACAUGUCUUCCUAAUCAUGGAUACCAACUGCCAAUAGAAAUUCUUCCUUUGCUGGAAAGAUUUUCAAAAAUAUAUAUUUGGCUCAAUGAUGAUGUUCAAGGUCAAGAUGCUGCAGAGAAAUUUGCUCAAAAACUGGGAAUUGAUAGGUGUCUGAUUGUAAAUACAAGAUGUAAUGAUUUUUAUGGACCAAUCAAUGCAAGUCAAGCUUUAGCUAUGGGAAAGAACUUGAAAGAAAUUUUAUCACUAGCCAAGCCAUUACAGCAUGAACAAAUUGUAAAUUUUGACAAUCUCAAAGAAGCUGUAUAUAGAGAAGUUAUUAACCCGGGCCAAGUUUGUGGAAUCUCUUCAAAAGAUUUGCCCGCAUUGACACAAAUUUUGAAAGGACAUAGACCUGGUGAAUUGACAAUUUUUACAGGUCCCACAGGAUCCGGUAAAACUACUAUUUUAAGCCAACUCUCUCUAGAUUAUUGUAUAUCAGGUGUAAGCACAUUGUGGGGAAGUUUUGAAAUACCUAAUGUGCGUUUAGCAAAAAAAAUGCUAACACAAUUCGCAGGUGAAGAUUUAUCUAAAAACCCUAAAGAAUUUAUGAACUGGGCACAAAAGUUCCAACAGUUGCCAAUGUAUUUUCUCAAAUUUUUUGGUAGCACUGAAGUCUCAACAGUAAUAGAUGCUAUGAACCACGCUAUAUAUGCUUUCGAUGUCCAGCACAUAAUUAUUGAUAAUUUACAAUUCAUGAUCUCAGAACAAGGAAAAUUCAUAGACAGAUGGGAGUUACAAGAUCGCACAAUUUCUACUUUUCGUAGAUUCGCUACUGAAAAAAACGUUCACAUAACAAUGGUAGUUCACCCAAAGAAAGACAAUAGAGAGUUACUAGAUAUGAGCUCAAUAUUUGGUUCUGCAAAAAUUUCUCAGGAAGCAGAUAAUGUCAUCAUACUUCAGAAGAUAGAGAGUGAAUAUG